CGAUGGCGAGUGGCAUCAGGUGUGCGGUGAUGGAUGGAGUCUCUUGGAGGCGAUGGUUGUCUGCAGGCAAUUAGGUCUGGGAUACGCCGCUCACGCCGUCCAGACAACUGUAUUUGGCGGCCGAUCGCCACAUAAUUUAUCGCUCGUAUUGAGUGGUGUGCGCUGUAAGGGCUACGAACAGAGUCUGUCCGAUUGCGAUAUGAACGCCCUGGGCGAUGGCCACCACCACUGCCCCACCAGUCAAGACAUUGCCGGUGUUAUCUGUACGUCUGAACUUCCAGAUUUGGUUCCCGACGAAAAAGAGAUCGAGUCGUCCGCCUAUUUGGAGGACCGGAUGCUUAUGCUAUUGCAAUGCGCUAUGGAGGAAAACUGUCUGGCCAGUAGCGCCUACACCAUCAAUAGACAACAAUACGGCUGGCAGUUUGAGACGCGACGACUGCUCCGAUUCACUGCCAGAAUCGCCAACAUAGGAACGGCUGAUUUUCGGCCAUUCCUACCCAAACACAUCUGGGACUGGCACGCCUGCCACCGACACUACCACAGUAUGGAGGUGUUCGCCCACUUCGACAUACUGGACAGUCGUGGCAAACGCGUGGCUGAGGGACAUAAGGCUAGCUUU